AUGGCGUCUGCCGCACCCAUCCUGCUCCUCCUGCUCCUUCUUGCUUCACUUGCUCCUGGGCAGAGGCGAAGGCGGCCCCCAGCCCCGGAGAGUGUCUUUGAGAAGAUCAAAAUCCAGGAGAACUUUGACCUCCAGCAGUUCUCAGGGAAGUGGUUCCUGGUUGGUGUGGCCUCCAAAUGUGACUACCUAAGAGAAUAUAAUCACCAGCUGGAAGCAACAACCAUGGCGGUGUCUGCCUCGGAAGGGAAGUCGCUGGCCAUCAGUACCUUCCGGAAACUGGAUGGAGUAUGCUGGGAGAUUAAGCAGCAAUACCGCUCCACCAAGGCCAAGGGGCGAUUCCUCCUGAAAGGCCGUGGCAGCAACGUGGAUGUGGUGGUGGGGGAGACAGACUACAGCAGCUACGCCAUCCUGUACUACCAGAAGCUCCGGAAGAUCUCCAUCAAGCUCUAUGGACGCAGCGUCCGGGUCAGUGACGCCAUCGUGGGUAAAUUCGAGCAGCGCAUCACAGAGAUGAACAUGAGCGAGGACUUCACCUACUACUUCCCCACGUAUGGGUUCUGUGAGUCCGCGGAUCAAUUUCAUCUGCUCGAUGGUGAGUUGCAACCCCCCAAGGCCCGUUGCUGCUCUACUCACCCCGGCCGGCAGGGCAAGUGCCCCCCGUGCUCCCCAUCAGCCUGCAAGGCCUAG